AUGGAUUCUAAGCUUAGAAAUGUGGACGAAAUAAAAAGGAGCAAUCCAAAUGUUAUAUCUAGAAUUUUCAUUUGUUGGGUGUGUCCAAUAUUCUUCAAAGGUAACAGGAGGGACAUCGAAGAAAGUGAUUUAAUUGUUCCGAACAAGAACUACGAUUCUGAUCGGCUUGGGUCGAAAUUGGAAAGGAGCUGGUUGAAGGAGGUGGAGAGAGCUGGCAAAAGAGGCAAGGAGCCGUCUCUAUGGCGUGUUUUGUUACGCACGUAUUGGCUGGACUACUCUCCGGGAGCAAUUCUGCUCCUCAUAAAUACGAUAGCUAGGACAAUUCAACCAAUUUUAUUCACCGAACUCCUCACUUACUGGUCUGUGAACGCAUCACUGACGCAAAGCGAAGCGGCAUAUUAUGCCCUAGGAAUGCUGGUAUGCAAUUUCGUUGGAUUCCUGGCACAGCAUCACAACACACUGUUCGUGAAUCGGUUCAGUUUGAAAUUAAAAGUUGCGUUCUCAGCCGUCAUAUAUAGGAAGGUGCUCCGCAUGAGCCAGCUCUCCCUGGGUGAAGUUGCGGCUGGAAAACUUGUGAAUCUCUUAUCGAACGAUAUUGCGCGAUUUGAUCAAGCUUUGAUGUUUCUCCAUUACAUAUGGCUGGUUCCACUUCAAGUUGCUAUUGUGUUAUUCUUUCUGUACAACAUAGCGGGUUACGCGCCGUUGGUCGGUCUUUUCGCUGUUAUAUUGUUGAUCUUGCCCAUACAAGCGACAUUAACAAAAUACACAGCGACUAUACGAAGAGUUGCAGCGCCAAGAACUGAUAAGAGAAUUAAAUUGAUGAGCGAAAUUAUAAAUGGAAUUCAGGUAAUCAAAAUGUACGCAUGGGAAAAAUCAUUCCUGAAGAUAGUAACGGCGGCGAGAGAAUACGAGGUCUGGGCUCUGAAAAGGUCACUCUUCGUUCGCAGCGUUUUUAUUGGGUUCAUGAUGUUUGCUGAACGUACCACUCUCUUUAUUACUUCUCUAACCAUUGUUUUGACGGGGAAUUUGUUUUCAGCGACCGUGAUCUAUCCGAUAAAGUUGUUUUUGAACUUAGUACAAAUGAAUUUGACAUUCAUCUUGCCGCUUGCUAUAGCAAGUUUAUCGGAACUCGGCGUGUCUUUAGAGAGAAUUAAAAAUAUCCUUGUAAUGGACGAAAGAGAAGACCUCGCACUCCUUGCAAGGGGCAGGAAGUCAGUAGUACAUACAGAAAUUAAUGGAAAGCAAGGGACUGGAAAUUCGCUAGUUGUGAGACAAAAUUCAACUUAUGAAAAAAGACAAUCUUUAUUAUCAAACAAUUCGCGAACUGAAGGCUACAUUGUGGAGUUGGACAAUGUCUCAGCCACUUGGAACAAAAGCGACGACCCAACCGCGCUUACUUUGAAAAACAUUUCGGUGCGCCUGCGCAGAAAUAAACUUUGCGCCGUUAUUGGACCCGUUGGCGCCGGAAAGUCCUCCCUCCUCCAAGUAUUACUUCGUGAGCUGCCUUUAAUGAGUGGUAACUUCAAGCUAAACGGAACCAUAUCCUACGCCUCCCAAGAAGCCUGGCUGUUCCCUUCGUCGGUCCGGGAGAAUAUAAUAUUCGGUUUGCCAUAUGAUAAAAGCAAAUACAACGAGGUUUGCAGGGUAUGUUGUUUGCUGCCGGAUUUUAAGCAAUUUCCAUACGCUGACUUAACUCUAGUCGGGGAGCGCGGUGUUCAAUUAUCCGGAGGGCAGAGAGCCAGGAUCAAUUUGGCAAGGGCGAUCUACAGAGAGGCGGAUAUUUACUUAUUGGACGAUCCGUUGUCCGCGGUGGACGCAAACGUCGGUCGGAAACUCUUUGAAGAUUGUAUCAGAGGAUAUCUCAGCAACAAGACUUGUAUCCUGGUUACUCACCAAAUACACUUCAUCAAAGCCGCCGAUGUUAUCGUCGUCCUAAAUAAUGGUUCUGUAGAAAAUAUUGGCACGUUAGAUGAUUUACUGAAAUCGGAAAAAGAGUUUUCCACUUUGCUAACAUCGUUGGAGGACAAGAGCACAGAUGAGGACAAUAACGAGAAUGUAACUAAAGCGCCUAGUUUCAUACGAGGUGUCUCAAGAGUCUCAGUUCGGAGCGAGGACGCAGUGAGAAUAGAGAAGGAGCAAAUUUUAGAAGCCGAGGAAAGAGCGAAAGGAAAUUUAAAAUGGAAGGUCGUGUCCAAAUAUUUACAAAGCGUGCAAUCGUGGACAUGGGUGGGACUCACCUUGCUGUUUUUACUGCUGACUCAAGUAGGAGUCUCUUUCAGUGACUACUGGGUCAGCUAUUGGACAAAUCAGGUAGACGAAUAUGAACAAAACCUACCUCCCGGUGUGGAAUCAGAUACUGGCUUGGACGUCGUAAUGGGCUUCCUAACUACGGGCCAAUAUCUUUUAAUUAGUGGAUUCGCUAUUGUAUACAUACUGAUUAUGACGCACACGAGAAUAUUUACCUUUGUUGUAACAACGAUGCGUGCUUCGAUCAAUCUGCAUAAUGAUAUGUUUAAUAAUUUAAUCAGAGCCCUGAUGAGAUUCUUCGAUACAAAUCCUUCUGGUAGAGUUUUGAAUAGAUUCUCGAAGGACAUGGGUGCUAUGGACGAAACGUUACCGCGAAGUUUCUUAGAGACUAUACAAAUGUAUAUGUUCGCGCUAAGUGUACUCACGCUCAACGCUAUAGCGCUUCCAUGGACGCUGAUACCCACUUCUGUGCUGCUGAUUGUCUUCUUCUUCCUCUUCCGAUGGUAUUUGCGAGCAGCUCAAGCUGUCAAAAGAUUGGAGAGCACUACUAAAAGCCCAGUAUUUAGUAUGAUAAGCUCCACAAUUUCUGGUUUAGCGACAAUAAGAAGUUCGGAUUCACAAAAUCGAUUGCUGAAAAUGUUUGAUCAAGCGCAGGAUACAAACUCGAGCGCAUUUUUCUCGUUCCUGGGCGGAGCUUCUGCGUUUGGUUUUUACCUGGACACUAUUGGUUUAAUAUACCUCGGAACAGUCAUUGCGAUUUUUCUGUUCAUAGAUCUCGGUGACACUAUUCUGGUGGGCAGCGUUGGUCUUGCUGUCAGUCAGUCGAUGUCAAUGACGUUGAUAUUACAAAUGGCUGCCAGGAUUACAGCUGACUUGUUGGCACAAAUGACUUCGGUAGAAAGAGUACUUGAAUACACCAAUCUAUCUUGUGAAGACAACAUGGAAGAAGGGCCUACUCAACCACCAGAACAAUGGCCCACUGAUGGGAAACUUGAAUUUGAAAACGUUUACCUAAAGUAUGGAGAGGAGGAUCCGCCGGUUCUGAAAGAUCUCAACUUCGAAAUAAGUGGUGGAUGGAAGGUCGGAGUAGUUGGAAGAACCGGUGCUGGUAAAUCAUCACUUAUAGCUGCUUUAUUCCGGCUUACAAACAUCGAAGGGAAAAUAAAAAUAGAUGGGAUAGACACCCGUGGAAUAGCGAAAACUAUGUUGCGUUCAAAGAUAUCAAUAAUACCUCAAGAACCGGUGUUGUUUUCCGCAUCGCUGAGGUACAACUUAGAUCCUUUCGAUUCAUACAGCGAUGACGAAAUUUGGAAAGCCCUAGAGCUGGUAGAGCUGAAGGACGCAGUUCCGGCGCUAGAUUUCAAAGUGUCUGAAGGCGGGUCUAACUUUUCGGUCGGCCAGCGGCAGCUGGUGUGUUUGGCCAGAGCCAUUUUGCGGUCGAACAAGAUUCUAAUUAUGGACGAAGCUACUGCCAAUGUUGAUCCUCAAACGGACGACCUUAUUCAAAAGACAAUCAGACGCACUUUUGCCUCCUGUACAGUGUUAACGAUAGCUCAUCGAUUGAACACAAUAAUGGAUUCUGACCGGGUUUUGGUCAUGGACAAGGGGGAAGUAGCGGAAUUUGACCACCCUUACAUUCUGUUGAACAACCCACAAAGCCAUUUUAGCUUCAUGGUUAACGAAACAGGCGAGAGCAUGCGAAAAGUGCUAUUUGAAAUUGCGAAAAGCAAAUAUUUCAAUAACACAGAUGUUAUACAAACGGCUUCACUAUAG